AUGGAUGAAGAAUACGAUGUUAUUGUCCUAGGCACCGGUUUGACUGAGUGUAUCCUGUCUGGCCUCCUCUCCGUUGAGGGGAAGAAGGUGCUCCACAUGGAUAGGAACGAUUACUAUGGUGGCGAUAGUGCUAGUCUCAACCUUACUCAGCUCUAUGGGAAGUUCAGACAGCAAGACGCUCCCAGCGAUCUUGGUCGCGACCGUGACUACGCUGUCGAUCUUAUACCUAAGUUUAUCAUUGCAUCUGGAGAGCUCACCAAGAUCCUCGUUCACACCGAUGUGACGCGUUACCUCGAAUUCAAGCAAAUCGCGGGGAGCUUCGUCUACCGUGACGGCAAGAUCUCUAAAGUUCCUAGCACUGAGAUUGAAGCCGUCAAGAGUCCUCUCAUGGGUCUUUUUGAGAAGCGUAGAGCCAAGAAAUUCUUCGAGUUCCUCCAAAGCUGGAAGGACGAGGAUCCUACCACUCAUCAAGGAAUCGACUUGGACAAAGAUAGCAUGAAGACAGUCUAUGAGAAGUUUGGACUCGAGCCCGGCACUCAGGACUUUAUUGGCCAUGCCAUGGCUCUCUACCUUGACGAUGAUUACAUCACGAAACCUGCACGACCCACUUAUGAACGUAUUGUCCUGUACUCGUCUUCGAUGGCGCGGUAUGGAAAAUCCCCAUACAUCUACCCUCUUUAUGGUCUUGGCGAACUCCCCCAAUCGUUUGCUCGUCUCUCGGCUAUCUACGGCGGUACUUACAUGCUCGACAAGCACAUCGACGAGAUUAUCACCGACUCUGAUGGCAAGUUUAUCGGUGUUCGAUCCGGCGAAGAGACUGUCAAGGCUAAGCAGGUAAUUGGUGACCCGAGCUACUUCGGCGCAGGCAAGGAAGCCGAUGGCGGAAAGGUCAGAGUCGUGGAGGACGGCAAGGUCGUUCGCGCCAUCUGCAUUCUCAAGCACACCAUCCCCGGUACCGACGAGAGCGAUAGUGUACAAAUCGUUAUUCCUCAGAACCAGGUCAACAGGCGGAAUGAUAUCUACAUUGCUAUGGUCUCGUCCACACACAAGGUUUGCGCGCAGGAUGUCUACGUUGCAAUCGUCAGCACAAUUGUUGAGACCAGCACCCCUGAGCAAGAGUUGGCGCCUGGUUUCCAGCUUUUGGGAACUAUCCACGAGAAAUUCGUCUCUGUCACGCCUUUGUACACACCAGUCGCCUCGGGCAAGGAGGAUAACAUCUUCAUCACUCAAUCAUACGAUGCCACCUCUCAUUUUGAGACAGUCGUUGACGAUGUCCACGACGUCUGGAAGAGAGUCGUAGGCAAGGAUCUAGUGCUUAAGAAGCGUGAGGUGGAAGUUGAGCAGUAA